AUGUUAAACAAGAUGACCUCCUCUCAGCAGCAGCAGAUGAUGCGAGGUCCUAGGUGGAACCGGGCCUUGUCCGACCCUUUGUUUGUGCUGCUUCUGGCCCUCCAGCUGCUGGUGGUGGCAGGGCUGGUACGAGCUCAGACGUGCCCCUCUGUCUGCUCCUGUAGUAACCAGUUCAGCAAGGUCAUCUGCACUCGCCGAGGCCUGCGGGAUGUCCCCGAUGGCAUCUCUACCAACACACGCUACCUGAAUCUGCAAGAAAAUCUCAUUCAGGUCAUAAAGGUGGACAGCUUCAAGCACCUAAGACAUCUGGAGAUCCUGCAGCUGAGCAAAAACCACAUACGCAAAAUUGAACUGGGGGCCUUCAAUGGGCUGGCCAGCCUCAAUACCUUGGAGCUUUUUGAUAAUCGCCUCACCACCAUCCCAAACGGGGCUUUUGAGUACCUGUCCAAACUUAAGGAGCUUUGGUUGAGGAAUAACCCCAUAGAGAGUAUUCCCUCCUAUGCUUUCAACAGAGUGCCCUCAUUACGGAGGUUGGACCUUGGGGAGCUCAAACGGCUCUCCUACAUAUCUGAGGGGGCCUUUGAAGGGCUGAGCAAUCUGCGCUACUUAAAUCUGGGAAUGUGCAAUCUGAAGGAAAUUCCCAACCUUAUUCCCCUGGUGAAGCUGGAUGAACUGGAGAUGUCGGGGAACCAACUAUCUGUCAUCCGGCCUGGCUCUUUUAAAGGGCUCAUCCAUUUGCAAAAGCUAUGGAUGAUGCAUGCCCAGAUCCAGACCAUAGAAAGGAACUCUUUUGAUGACCUGCAGUCACUAGUGGAGCUCAAUCUAGCCCACAACAACCUUACCCUCUUGCCCCAUGAUCUCUUUACUCCUUUACAUCACCUGGAGAGGGUGCACUUGCACCACAACCCCUGGAAUUGUAACUGUGACAUUCUCUGGCUAAGCUGGUGGCUUAAGGAGAUGGUACCAGCAAACACCAGCUGCUGUGCCCGCUGCAGCUCACCUCCCCACCAUAAAGGACGGUACAUUGGCGAGCUGGAUCAGAACUACUUUCACUGUUAUGCUCCUGUUAUUGUGGAGCCUCCCGCAGACCUAAAUGUGACAGAGGGAAGCGCUGCGGAGUUGAAAUGCAGAGCCAGCUCUUUGACCUCAGUAAGCUGGAUUACACCCAAUGGUUCCAUCAUGACACACGGUGCGUACAAGGUCAGAAUCUCAGUGCUGAAUGACGGCACUCUGAACUUCACUAAUGUUACCAUGCAGGACACAGGGACAUAUACAUGUAUGGUCAGUAAUUCCGCAGGU